GGCUUUACCUGGGUGUCAAGCGGCUUCCUAACAGUACCGAAGGUCUGAUCAUGGCCAAGAAUAAAGUAAGAGGACAGAAGCCUAGGAAUGUAUUUCACAUAGCCAGCCAAAAAAACUUACAGGCUAAAAAUAAAGCAAAACCAGUUACCACUAAUCUUAAAAAGAUAAAUAUUGUGAAUAAUGAAAAGGUUGACAGAGUGAAUAAAGCUUUUCUAGAUAUACAAAAGGAACUUGCACAUUUCUCAACACAUCUUUCUUUUGAACCUCAGCAGAAACAGCUGGUUCCACAAAAGUGUCAUGAAAAUGAGCCAGCUAAUGUUGAUGAAGCCACAAGACUAAUGGCUCAGCUGUAGUGUACUGGCGAUGGAUCUGGUUCCCCCCAAAGACCAAUAAAUCAAAUGUUUUAUACAAAAAAAAAAGCAAAA